GUCGCUACCGCGAGAAGCAAGCGAACAACACUUGUACUAAAUUAUGAGUUUUUAAUGUCGAAAAUCUAUUUGUCCUGCAUAUAAAACAAUGGAAAACCCCGUCAGCGAACCAAGAAGUGGCGUAGAGAUUGAAAUUACGGCCCCGUCGGCUGUUAACUCUGAAGACGAAAUGGAAGAAGAAUUUAUUCCCCGAGCGUUGAUCGAAAGUUCGAAUACGGUCCAGAAUGAAAUUUACAACUCCUCCGAUCAAGCGGCCUCGGACGAGAGUAAWUCUCAGCAAAAUGGAGARAAUAGUCAGGAAAGYUCUACUAAAGAAGAGGAUGAACUAUCUAAAGCUUUGGAUGAAGAUCUCACAGUYGAUAAAGACGGAGGCGAUGAAGAAUCGAAAAACAAAGACAACCCCGAAGAAGCCGGACAAAGUGAUUCAACAGACGAGAAACCUGCAAAUCUUGAAAUGAUCGGAGAUCGUGUUCUAAUCGAAAGGGACGGUAAAUUCGAACUUGUAGAUGUUAGUGAAAUUAAGGCGGAAUAUUUUGAAAUGUUAGGGAUAAACUCUCCGGAGAAACCCGAAAAAGACAAAGAAAGCGUCAACACAAACGGUGAUCACGCAUCUGAUAAGACAACAGAGGUGAAAAACGAAGAAAAGCCUACAGCACAAAGGCCUAAGACUACGGUUAACGGAACUAGACGAAGAAAYAAAAGCUCUCCCGAGAGGAGAACAACAAGUGCAAAAUAUACUCGACAGCGCAGCGAUGAAUACGGACACAUCAAAUCCAUGUACGGCAUGAGUGACGAACAACUGGAAAUAAAACGAAGAAGAGAAGAGGCAAUUGYGAGAAGAAAGAAAGAAGAAAAGGAAAGAGAGAACGAGGAAAUGAGAAGAAAAAGAGAAGAUGCAGAACGUGCAUUUCAGGCAUGGCUAGCAGCAAAGAUAGAAGAAGCUCGAGAAAGGAGACAAGAAGAAGCUCGCAACAAGCCUGAUCCAUCUCUAGAACAAAGAAAGCGAGAAGAUGCAGAAAGUGCUUACCAUGAAUGGCUUGUCCACAAGAAACAACAGAAAAAGGUAGCAAGGCAAUAUGAAGAAAGRAGAAGGUCAGAAGAAGCCAGUCAGUUUGUGAUCCGAGACAGACACCUCUGUGAUGAAGCUUUCAAAAGAUGGUUGAGAAAGAAGAAAGAAGAAGCCAGAGCSAAAGAAAAAUUAAAGAAUAAAAGAAAAAAAUCCAAACCAAAACUGAAGAAAAARGAACCAUUACCUCUUAACUCCAAAAAUAUAACGUAUCUAGAAUAUUAUGGCUACAGAAAUCAUGUCGUAUUAUAAUCAAAUUAUAAAAUCAAGACAAAAUUCUCUCUUAAAUAGUUGCUAUAUAGGUAAUAAUAAACAAUUUGUAAAUAGAGUUAUGUUGGYAGAGCUCUCUUUUUGAGGCAGACAAGAGUAAGAAAGAAAUCAUUAAUUUUAUUAUAUCAAUUUAUUACUGCACAACUAAUUUAAAACAUUUCUUGAAAAAUGCAGGGCUGUCAACCCCAGGAAAGUUUGUAUCUUUAAUAGAUCAAUAAAAAUCUGCUAUUAGUYUAGAUUUUUCCAAUUCCGAACCAAAAGGAAACAGUCCCAGACCAUUGAUAACUCAUUUUCAGUAAUUCUGCAUGCACAAAUUAAAAAAAGGAAAGAAACAGGUCCCAUUUCUUAAUCAAUAUGCUGAAAAAGCAUGAGAGAUUAAUCAUUUUCUUGAAAAAAUAAAUUUUACAUUGAAAGCUCAGGUGCAAUCUACUGUCAUUCAUUCUAUUAUUUCUGGCAUUGAUAAACGAACGACAAGAUAUGCCUGSGUUCUCAAGGAUGUGAGUCCAAAAAAUAGACAAUCUUGGAUUAUCCAGGAGAGUUGAUAGCCCUAACAUAUCAGUGUCUUCAAAUAAAAAUAUGACAGAUGUUGAAUUUUUUCAGAUGUACAUUAACAUUACAUUGGSCAUUCCAGAAGUAUCUGAUGGUUCAAAGAAUCCCUUUUGAUUCCAAAGAGAAGACUCCCUUAUAUUUAGGGCGGAGUUGACACUAUUUGAUAAUCAAUAAAAAGGGAAUACUGGAAUGGAUAAUCAUUUUAUAAGUGUCAGUAUUUAUGCCACUAUUGAAGAUAUUUAAUUCACAAAUAAAAAUAAGAACGUUGCAUG